CGGAUUGUACCGCUAACCCUCAGUGAGAUCCCGUGCCGGGGAUUCGCCACCCUCCAGGAGCCGAAAAGGACGGGACGGGACUGCGUCGCCCCUCAUCCUUUGCGGAUAGACCGGCAACGAGCACGCCUUCGUUUUCUGGACACAUCUCGGUUGUGAUCCCUACCCAGAAAAUCUUGUUUUCGGGGCGGCGGGAGGACGCUUGCAGGGCAGCGGCUCCCCGAGCACCCCCCAAACGGUUCUCGAUGUGACUCCCACCCAGGAUGCACCAUGUCUCCCCGGCACCGGCUCUGACGAUGAUGGCCACCCAGACGGUGCCCCCUCCUCCCUACCAAGACACCCCGCAGGUGAGUGUCCCCCAGCACCCAUGGGCUCCUUCCAGACACCUCGUGACUCCCAACUCCUGCAUUAAUUACCCUGCACCCGCCGCGGCCGGCGACCCCCAGGCACAGCUGGAGGCCGACAAGCGAGCUGUCUACAGGCACCCGCUGUUCCCGCUGCUGACUCUGCUCUUUGAGAAGUGCGAGCAGGCGACGCAGGGUUCCGAGUGCAUCACCUCGGCCAGCUUCGACGUUGACAUCGAGAACUUCGUCCACCAGCAGGAGCAGGAGCACAAGCCCUUCUUCAGCGAUGACCCCGAGCUGGACAACCUGAUGGUGAAGGCGAUCCAGGUGCUGCGCAUCCACCUCCUGGAGCUGGAGAAGGUCAACGAGUUGUGCAAGGACUUUUGCAACCGCUACAUCACCUGCCUCAAAACCAAGAUGCACAGCGACAACCUACUCAGGAACGACCUGGGGGGGCCCUACUCCCCCAACCCCUCCUCCAUCAGCCUCCACCCCCAGGAGAUGCUGCAGAGCUCACCCGUGGCGCUGCCGCCCGCCUCCAACCCGCCGCCGGGCAUCGUGGUGCCGGCGGCCGCGCUACCGCCGGGCAACUUGGCCAUGAGGGCUGGCAGUUGCUCACCCGCUGGCGCAAGCCUUGCCCAAGCCAUCGCCCCCGGUGCCCUGCAGAUCCCCAACGCCCAGGUGAACCUGGAUCUCACCUCCCUCCUCGACGGUGAGGACAAGAAGUCCAAGAACAAGCGAGGCGUCCUGCCCAAACAUGCCACCAACAUCAUGCGCUCAUGGCUCUUCCAGCAUCUCAUGCACCCCUACCCCACAGAGGACGAGAAGAGGCAAAUCGCUGCCCAAACCAACCUCACCCUCUUGCAAGUCAACAACUGGUUCAUAAAUGCCCGGCGGCGCAUCCUGCAGCCAAUGCUCGACGCCAGCAACCCGGACCCAGCCCCCAAAGCCAAGAAAAUCAAGUCUCAGCACCGGCCCACCCAGCGGUUCUGGCCCAACUCCAUCGCCGCUGGGGUUCUGCAGCAGCAGGGUGGCAAUUCGGGGACAAAUCCUGAUGGCUCGCUCAGCAUGGACAACCUGCAACCCCUCUCGUCAGCCACGGCCACCAUGGCCAUGCAGCAGGCCAUGCUGGCGGCCCACGACGACUCCCUCGACGGCACCGAGGAAGAGGAGGAGGACGAGGAGGAUGAGGACGAGAUGGAGGAGGAGGAAGAAGAGGAGGAAGAGCUGGAGGAAGAGCCUGGUGGCCUCCCAGCGGCGCCCAGCGCCGACCUCGGCUUGGACCACAGUGACUCGCUGGAAUAGCUCCUCCUGCGCCCUCCCCAAAUCAUUGACGGCACCGGAAACAAAACUCCCGCAAAAAUGCCAAAAAAACCCGGCAAGAACAAAAAACAAAAUUGGUGAGAAAAAAGCAAAUUGGAGGCGCUGGCAGAUGCCCCGGCUGCCCACGGGAGCACGGGGACCACCAUGCCGGCGGGUGGAAGGGAAAA